AUGAUGAAAACAUUGUCGAGCUGUGUGUGCACCGAAACCUCACUUGCCGCAAAGUUCCUUUGUUCCAAUAUAGAGACACUACACACAGGUGCGGUCAAAUCUCUGGAAACUGUGAUUGAGCACUUUUUACAAAUGGCUGAGCAAAAAACUGAAGAGGCACAGAAGACAUCUAUUGAAAAAGUGGAGGAAAUCGAUGACCUCGAUCAAGGAGAUGUUCCAGAAACGCUUCUUUUGUCAGUUGUUUCUGGAGCUGCAGCCCAAGAUCGUAUGGACAGAACCGUACUUGCGCCUUGGCUACGAUUUUUGUGGGAUUCGUACAGAAAUUGCCUCGAAUUGUUAAGGAAUAAUGCACAGGUUGAACAUUUGUACCACCGCAUAACCAGGAAAUCUUUCCAAUUCUGCUCAAAGUACCAACGCCGAACAGAGUUCAGGAAACUGUGUGAACUGUUGCGCCUACAUUUGAACCAGAUUCAAAAACAUCAGCAUUUGGCCCAUGUGCCGGAGUCCUUAUCAAUGAUGCAGGAAACACGUCUGUGCCAGUUGGAUACUGCUAUACAAAUGGAACUCUGGCAAGAAGCCUAUCGUAGUGCCGAAGAUGUUCACGGAAUGAUGCAGCUCAGCAAAGACAAGGACAAACGCAUGGUAAAGCCCGCUAGUUAUGUGAAUUAUUACGAUAAGCUUGCCUUAGUGUUUUGGAAAGCUGGAAAUAGUCUCUUCCAUGCAGCAGCUCUUCUCCAGAAAUUCAUAAUUUAUAAGGUUACUCCUCGAAAUUUGCUCCGUCUUCCCAUUGCUCCUACGCGUGCUGGAUUAUUGAGAGAAGCCGCUCGUCUCGGCGUCCCAGAGAUGGCUUCGGAAUCGACCAACGCGUUGUAUAAGCUACUAGAGAAUAAUUUUGCUCCUCUUAGGUUAGCUAGAGAAGUUGAAGCUCAGCUGUCUUUGAUUGAGCGUCCUGAUCACCUCCAGUAUGUUGACGCGCUCAACGAAGUUGUAGCUACAAAGGCCUUAAAACAAAUAUCAGUCAUCUAUGACUCCAUAAGUUGGGCUCGCAUACGAAAGAUCAUCCCAUUUUAUAAUGAGAUGGAGCUCGAGCGCCUUGUGGUUGAUGUUAGCAAACAUCGAUUUGUCAAGGCACAAAUCGAUCAUCGCAGCGGCUGUAUCCGUUUUGGAGCUGCAGACGCCACUUUAGCAGGGGGAGUGGACUUAGAAGAGGCGAAUGGCUUCACGGGUGAUGACACUCAGCUGGGCGUUGAAGGGAUACGUACUCAUUUGGAAGUGAUGUAUAACAAGCUACGUUCGACUGUGGAACUCUUGGAUGGUGACAAGCGUACUGAGGCUCUCAUCGCCAGGGUCAAACACCAUGCAAUUAAUUACGAGCGAACGAAAAAUAGCAAGCAAGAGACAGAUCGCAUACUAGAACGUCGUCGAAAGAUCGAAUAUUACAAGGAGACUUCAGAGCGAGUCAAAGCAGAACGCUCACAACAAGCAGCAGCCGAAUUAGCGAAACGUGAGGAAGCUAAGCGUGCUGAAGAAAUGAAACGUUUAGAGCAGGAAAAUAUCGAAAGAAGAAGUGCAAAGAAAAAUCAAGCAAGACCAACUACGCAGAAUGCAAAAUACUGCGAUCUAUCAGGCUAUUAUCAGGGAGAAAAGGCGAACAAGUGUUCAAAGGACAUGGACCCCGAGGCUGUGCUUAGGGAACAGCGUCAACGUCUGGAUAAAGAACGAAUGGAACGCAACGUCGUCUCCAGCAACAGGACAAAACUUUCGACCAUCACGAAAGCUGUAAUGAUGAAGCGGUUACAAGAAGCUCCGAAAUUGCACGAGAAAUAUGAGCAAAGAAGAAUACAGAAAGCCAUAGAUGAUCAUAAUCUCGCAGUUUGCAUAUGGGAGCGUUUAGAAAAUAUACGAGAAGACGCAAUGGAUUGGAUUGAGCAGGUCAAGUCCUCGAACGCAGAAGAUUUUGCAAGGAAGGCCAAGUUAGAUGAGGAGCGUCGUCGCCGCGAAGAAGAGGAACGUCAGCGUCAACAGCUGAUAGAAGAACAAAGGAGAGCAGCGAGGGAACCACGCGGUCCCAAUCGCCGUGAAAUGGAUAUGGAUUCUAAGGCGAUGGCAGAUUCUGACUGGCGAGGAGGAGGAGGCCGGGAACGCCCUGUUAUGGCAAAUCGUCCUAUUCCAAGUCGCGAUCGUGAUCGCGACUUCGGAGAGCGGCCACCCAUGAGAGAACGAGAGAAUAUCAUUUCGCAAGCUGAUAGAGACGAUUCUUGGAGAAGUGGUAUGGGUACCGCUCCACCGCCUCCCUCAGGAUUUCGUGAGCGACCUACUCGUAAGUAUCAACUUGUGGUCAAAGUCGUUGUCGAGAUUCUCAUUAUUCUUAUGGUCCAAUGCGAAGAGGCUCCUCCAGUAAGUUCUGCUCCAUCAGAAGGAAUGUGGACCAGAGGAAACGUCGUCAAGAAGGAUCCACCGCCUCCGAGUGCAGCUCCUACGAAACCUGCAGAAGGUGGGAAGUUCAUACCAUCCAGACUUAGAAAUCAGGCACAACAAGGAGGAAUACCGCCGCGUGACAUGGGUACUACUCGUCCAGAACGUCCAGAAACAAGGCGAGUACCACCCCGAGGGCCUGGCGCUGAAAGUGACACAAACUGGCGGAGGAACCUUGUCCACGACUAUCGUCGUCUUACCGUCGCAGUUGUGGACUGGAUGAUCUGUCUCACCCUCACACUGCGUUCACGGCUUCCAUCGAUUCGGCGUUUCUGUUUCGUAGUGACCGUUAGAGGAGUCCUACCACUCCUCUCAGGUUGCUACGCCGGUUAUCCUGCACCGAUGAACUCUGCCUACACGAUUCUCGCUCCAGAGAAGUAA